AUAGACGAUUUAUUUAUCUUUUUUUUUUUCAAAGCGUUAUUCAUUGGUCAAAGGUGAUAUAAAAAUUCAACCAAUGUCUCAUAACGUUGAUAAGACUUUAACUUGUGAUUGGCUCAAUUUGUAUUCCAAAGAUAACUAUGAUGUUAUAGUUUGACUUCUUUGACAACUGUUUCCUUGUUGUUUUUGAUUUAUUUAUGAAAUUCAGAUUGAAGUGCGGAAAGUUUUAGAAGAUUAACGCUGCGCUCAAUUUUAUUUACCUGUAGGUAUAAAAUAUUUGAACUAUGGAUUCUGAUACAUUCUUCCUGGAGUUACCAAAAGUUGAAUUGCAUGCACAUCUAAAUGGUUCUCUAAGCCAAGCUACGAUGCUCCAACUAAAAAGGUUCCACGCUGAUUCAGGACUUGAAGAUAAAACGAAUGCAUUCUUUGAUGAAUUUCAAAUUGGCGCCGGUGACACCAGAAAUCUUACUGAUUGUUUUCAAGUAUUCAACAUUGCACAUUCCCUGACAAGCACUCCGGAAGCUCUGACUAUAGCAACGAGGUUGACACUUCAAGAAUUUCAAGAUGAUGGCUGCUGCUACCUUGAGCUGAGAAGUACACCUAAGGAAACCCCACACAUGACUAAAGUCCAGUAUAUUGAAACUUUGGUCAAGGCAAUACAAAAGUCUUCUCUCCAUCUUACAAUGAUAACCCGCCUCAUUGUGUCAAUCAAUAGAAAAUCAUCUAUCGCAGAAGCUGAAGAAAUAGCUAAACUGGCUGUAGAGUACUAUAAAAAGCACCCAGAUGUGAUAGUGGGAAUAGAAUUAAGUGGUGACCCUAUGGCAGGAACAUUCCAGAGUUUUGUGCCUGCAUUGACACAAGCUCGUAAUGCAGGCCUGAAGGUAACAUUACAUUGCGGCGAAGUUUGUAACCCUGUUGAAGUGAUGGAAAUGCUAAAAUUUAAGCCAGAUAGGCUUGGCCAUGGUACCUGUAUCCAUCCCAAAUAUGGGGGGACUGAAGAAACAUGGGAGACUCUCUGUAAAUUAAAAAUACCUGUUGAGGUUUGCCUUACAAGCAAUGUCAAUACUAAAUCAACGCCAGAUUACGAGUCUCAUCACUUCAAGGUUUUUUAUGACGCUGAAAUACCUACUAUUAUAUGUACCGACGACAAAGGCGUUUUCUCAACAUCAUUGUCUCAAGAAUACCAAAUCUGUGUUAAAACCUUUUCUUUAACUUCAUCACAAACCGCAAGAUUGGCUCUGAAUGCGUGCCAAUAUGUGUUUGCUGACAAUGUUCGUAAAACGCUUAAUGAUAAACUACUUAAUUUUAUCGGAAAGCAUUCAUUGUAAAGUGAUGAUUCUUUAUAAUAUACAGGG